AUGCACUUGAGGUCCACCAUCAACCAGCUUACCACCUCCAAUGGCAACGUUCCAGUUGCCAUUUUCAACUAUGAGAGAAAGAGGAAGUUCAUUCAGAUCUCCGAAAGUUAUGAAGAGACUAUCCAGCGCGUGAGCUCCUCUUUCGGGAUCAAAGAAGCUCAGCCACGUGUCCUAGUCUUGCGGACAUCAGCAAUCGACGCGUGUAGAGGCGAGGAGGUAGAGAUCGACCCCAGCGCGUAUCCACACCUGCUCUCCGUGCUCGGGGAAGUAACGGUCGUGCUAGAAGAAAGGGAAAAUGUGCCUGUGCCAGGAAAUGGCCUACCAAAGGUUGGAGGUAAUAAUCCGCUUCCAACCCCGUCUGCGACGCCGCUUGUUGGGUCUGUGCAGGUGCAAGUGGAUGUAGCUGUCGCCGGACCGUCCAAUGCCAAGGCGGCUGAAGCACCACCGAAGGAGAAGAACAAGCCUGUGCCAGAAGAACAGCAGGGGUAUUUCGAUGCCGAGCCGCCCGAGGAAGAGUACGAAGACGAGGAAGAGCUUCUCCGAGCCCAGGAGGAGGCACCGUUGAAGCCUGCGGCUGGUGGCUCGAGGCUCCUUGACAAGCUCGACGAGAUCGCGAGCCAGGGCGAGCCGCAGAAGAAGUUCAAGGCUUCUAUGUUGCCACCGGUCGUGACAAACACAGAAUUCCCUAAGCCAGUGAAGAAAGAAAAGGUACCACACGCGGAGCCCUCUCCUGCUGUGGAAACCUCCAGCCCGCGGAAAGCCGCUGCUGGUGCACAAAGUGAUGACCGGUUCGAGAUCACGAUCAAUGGGCCGGCGCCAAACCAGUCGGCGCAGUUCAAGACGCGGGGAAAGCACGUCAUCAAAAAGGUGCUCGCUGCAGCGUGCAAGACGUUUGACAUCGACGAACAGAGCGCCCGCCUCUUCCUGCUGAUGUCCGUCCCGGAUGACGACGGUACAGUGCUGACGCACGAGUUCGAGUGCCCGCCAGACGACUCGAUAGCGCGGUGCGGGAUCGACAAGGACGCGAAACUCUUUGUGCGUUUCGCGAAGGAGGUGCCGGGACGUCGUGCUGCAGAGGCUGAUGAGGACGAGGAUGAGUAG